AUGAAGCUUUCUCAUAUCCUCUCCCUCAUCCCUCUCUUCCUCAUGGGCACCCCGAGCGGCGCAACACGUCUCUCAUCCGGCCUUACGGACCGAGAAGCCAUCAUCGACACCGUCCUCGCCUUCGGGCAGUCCCUUGACGACAAGAAUGAGUCCCUCAUGCGCUCCGUCACCACCCAAGGCAUAAUCUUUGACGGUACCCUCUUCGCCGACAUUGGCCUCGGCGCGCCCGAGCCUCUCGUAGGUCAGGACGUCGUUGCGUCAUCUCUUCUCGGCGUCUUGACCAUGGCCACGUCGCAUCAUCUCGGCAACUUUCGUAUCCAGCCUCUUGACUUGAACCGUGCCAACCUCACUGUCUACGUCUUAGCCCAUCACCACAAACAGCUCGAGGACCCGAGGCAAAAUCCGCGCAACCUCUACGUGAUGGGUAACCGGUGGCAAGCGGCCGUGGUGAAGGAUAAGGGGAAUUGGAAAUUGGGAUGGCUGAAGAUCUUGCCGGUUUGGCAGUCGGGGAACAUUGCGGUGAUGGGUCUGGAGGAGUAG